GUGUAAUUGGUGCGUCGGUCCGUACUGGUGUAGUCCGUUAAAAGUCUCUCCGGGUCUCUGCGGACUCACGGAGGACUGUCUGGUGCUGCAGGACAAGAACGAUGGACGAAACCUGAACUUUUAUUUCGGGAGGGAAGCGGAGGAAGGCAACUUUGUUUCGCGUGAUGCGUUGGGAUGGAGGAGGCGGAGCCAAGCCACUACGUCGCUCAGCUGAAGGCUGAGUUUGACAGCUGCGACACGACAUCCACGGGCUUCCUGGACCGAGAGGAGGUGACGGCGCUGUGCAGGAAGUUGCAGCUGGACGCUCACCUGCCGCUGCUGUUGGACUCGCUGCUGGGAGGAGGAGGCACCUACGCCAGGGUCAACUUUGAGGAGUUUAAAGACAACUUUGUGGACAUCCUGUCCCGCUCCCUGGACGUCAGCACGUCGGAGGACGACAGCAGCUACCUGGAGCCAGUUGUCCCAGAAGAGGUGAAGCCAAAGUUUGUGAAGGGUGAAAAGCGUUACGGUCGACGCUCGCGGCCAGACGUUGCGUUGAGAUGUCACUCGGAUGCGUCGCCACUGUCCGAUGCCCAUACCGUGAACUCGUCACCAUCUGGUGUCCGCAGGCCUAAAGUACGCCGAUCUACGUCUCUGGACAGCGUGGAGAGCCUGAAGUCUGAUGACGAGCCAGGAAGUCCCAAGGAUGUCACCCAGACACCCUUUCAGUCUAAAGGACAGGAGGAGCCGCUGACGCCGGCGGGCCAGGAAUUGGAGCACGGAGUUGGUCUUAGAGAAUUCCGGAAUGCCCUGCGCUGCUCCGGCCCCGUGUCCUGCUCAACACCUCUACGUCUCAUGCCUCAGGAGGCCUUUGAGGGCCGCCCGCCACGCUCCACCUCGCCAUCCCUGCUGACGGCCACGCUGGGUCCCAGAGUCCUCAGCCAGCUGGACGACGGCUCAGGAUGCGCCAGCCCCGAGCGAGUGGUCACCCUCUGGACAGAGGAGGGCAUCCGGAACAGCCGGGACAUCCUGCAGAUGUUGGACUUCUCUCUGGAGGAGCGUCUGAGUCUGGCCGAGCUGACGUUGGCGCUGGAUAACGAGCUGCUGGUCAGCGGUAACGGCAUCCACCAGGCGGCGCUCAUCUCCUACAAGAAUGAGAUCCAGCACUUGCAGGGGGCGGCGGAGCAGGCGUGCAAGGAGCGGGACAAGGCGAAGGCCGACCUGGACCUGGUUGACAGCAGGAACCUGCAGCUGGUCCGGGAGGCGGAUGACCGCCAUGCCAGCAUGGAGACGCUCAACCAGAGCAGGAUCAGAGACCUGGAGCAGGACUUCCGUGACAGGCUGGCGGCGCUGCGGAGUCAAACGGAGCAGGAGAGCGAUGCCAUGCUGCAGCAGCUGGAGCGAGAAUGCGGCCUUCUGCGUGAACAGCUACGCCUGCUGAAGGUGCAGGAGGCGGGGCUACAGGAAGAGCUCGACAGUGCCACACAGGAGAACCGACGUCUGGAGGAGGAGCUUGCUGACGUCAAGAGCAGACUGACUGAAGUGGAAGGCUCAGCGGGGCGCCUGCAGAGAGACUUGGAGCAGCUGCUGCAGGACAAGUUGGGCAGCUUUGAGGCUGGGGGCGCAGGGCCGAACCCUGAAGAGCGACUGUGUGAGCUCAUCAAGGAGUACGAGCAACGGUGCAGAGAGCUACAGGACAAAAAUGACGAGCUGAGCUCCGAGCUGGAGCUGAUUAAAGGUCAAAGGAGUGACAGGAAGUCCGGACGCACCGCCGCACUCAAGACGCCUGCCGCCACACUGAGCUGGAACGAACCGCUCUGUGCCAGCGAGUCAGACUCUGACGAUUCUGAGAUGAAGCGUCGAUCGUCUCCACCUCUGCGGUCCAAAAUGGAUCCAGUCGAUACGAGCGUCAGUAUUCACACUGAACUUGCUGUGGAGCAACUGAAGCACAAACACAACCAGGAAGUGCAGCAACUCAACAUCCAGCUGGAGACGCAGGUCAACUACUAUGAGCGCACUCUGGACAGGAUAAGGCAGAGCAUGGAGGUGGAACGGAAGGACAUCGCUCAGGCCUUUAAGCUGGAGAUCAACGAGCUGGAGGAGCAGAAGAUGGAGGCGGAGCAGCAAGCCCGGCAGCUGAAGGAAGCGCUGGACAAACUGCAGAACCAGAUCCAACACGGAGGAUGGUCUUCUGAGCAGGAGCGCAGGGUGCAACGGGAGCGGGCCGACUUGGAGCAGAACUUUGCCAGAGAGAUUGGAAACCUGGUCCAGAGGCUGAGUGCUGAAAAGGACCAGCUGGAGGCGGAGCUAAAGCUGAAGAUGGACCAGGAAGUGUUGCGGGUCAGGACGCGCCUCGAAGAAGUCGUCUCGGAUAACAGCGCCCUGCAUGAGCGUGUGAGCGUCCUGCAGCAGGAAGUUGAGAAGCUGGAGGACGACGUCGCCAGCAAGAGGUCCAAGUUGGAGGAGAUGCAGCACAAAGACGAGCGGAGCAGGCAGGAGGCAGCACGGUUGCAUGAGGAGAACUCGGGCUACCGACAGGAAGUUCUGAGUCUGAGCAGCAGGAACUUGCAGCUGAGCAAUGACAAUGGCGAGCUGAGCAUGCGUCUUCGUGCCGAGCAGGAGCGCCUCGCCGUCGUCUCCAAGCAACAGGAAGAGGGCGGAGCCAUGAUGCGGCAUGUGCAAGAAGAGGCCGAGCAGCAGCAGUCAGCAUGGAGGCAUAAGAGACUACAGCUGGAGGAGGAGCUUAGCUCCUGCAGGCACAAGCUGUCGCAGCUGGAGGCGGAGCUUAGAGUGGCAGCUGACGAGCAACAGAAGAUGGAGGCGGAGCUUAGCAUGAAGGUGAAUAAGCUCCAGCAGGAGGCGCUCUCCUUGCAGGAAGAGGCGGAGCGCCUUCGCUCUCAGCUCCACGUUGUCACUCAGGAGAACCUUGGCCACGCCCAGGAAGUCUCCGCCCUGCACCGGAAGCUGCAAGAUGCUCAAAGAAAGACCGAGGAGGCGGAGGCUGGUGCCAGGAAGCUGAUGGAGGAGGAGCAGCAAGAGAAGCAGAGGCAGCACCUCCAGCAGCAGACUGUACAGCAGCUGAUCCAGGACCAGCAGAGCUUGAAGAGCCAACUGAAGCAGAUGAAGCUUGCCAAGACGCAGGCUGAGGGUCAGGCGGAUGCUGCGCUUGGUCUCGUGCAGCAGGAGGGGGCGGGGCAUAGGGAGCGGGCGGAGCAGCUGCUGGCUCAGCUGCGGGAGGAGCAGAGGCGGACUCAUCGGCUGGAGGAGGAGCUUAAGCUUCAAGCAGAGCACAGCUCCUCCCACGUCAGCCUGAAGCAGGAGCAGUACGAGAAAGCUAUGGCGGCCCUGCAGCUCAGGACGGAGGAGCUGGAGAGCAAACUGAAGGGCGUGCGCACGGUCCUGCAGGAGAAAGUCCAGCAGCUUAAAGAGCAGAUGGCCAAGAACGUCAAGUCCAGCGUGAUGCUGAAGGAUCUGUAUGUGGAGAACUCGCAGCUCAUGAAGGCGCUGCAGGUCAGCGAGCAGCAUCAGAAAAGCGUAGAGAAGAAGAACUUCCAGCUGGAGGAGAAGGUCGGCGCCCUCAACAAGCUGCUGAGGGAGAUCGUGCCAGCGUCCCUCGCCACGUAGCUGCUUAAGAACAUGCCAUCUUCUAGAAACAGUGUUAUGUCAAUUUGAUAUGUUUUAAUGUCAACUUGAGACUGGUCUGUUUGGGUCCUGGUGAUAGUCAGAGUGACACCUCCUAGUGCUGCAACCAGCUCUGACACUCACCUGGAAUUAUGGUAAUGGUAAUUAUGUCCCAUUAAAUGAUCUUUUUAGCAGUCUAUGCCGUUUGCCUAUUCGAAUGCUAAGCUCAUUCACGACACUGUGAGCAUUCUUUCUGAAAAAGAAGAAGUCUUCAGGACACCACGUGCUCCAGGACACCUUGCCGUAUCAGGUGCUCGCAUUUCCAUCGCGGCAGGAAGUGCUGUGGACAGAACCAGGCUGUGUUAUUUCCUGUCGGAGAAGCUAGAAGAGCCUUUUGAAGAAGGGCUGACCUGACUGUUCUUCUUCAGGAGGAUCACGGUGCCGUCGUCGAUCUCCAGCUCACCGUGGUCCUUCACACACCUUACCUGUAUGAAAAGUUACCAACUCGAUUAAUGGCCGUGAAUCUUGGCGCCGUUAUCUCAAGAAGAACAAAGAAGGACAAGUGCUUCACCUCGAUGUAAAGACUCUUCGGAGGCUUCAUGUCCUGAGUGAUGUCCAGCCCGCCGCCGCCUCCCAAAGAGCGCAUGAAGGCUGCCAGAGACUUCUUGUAGCACGCGAACCACUGCAGCUGCACACAAUCGACAUGACGCUCAAGUACAGCAACGGCAAACGCUCACACAGGAAGUGGCACUCACCUCCUCGGCACUCAUGUGGAAGCGCACAUUAGCGGGAAGCACGCUGCCGUACUCCCAACGCAGGGCCCGGAUCCUCAGCAAGCGGUCGUACCUGAGGAGAGAGGGGUGUCACGUGACCCGAGAGUGUCCACGGAGGCGAACGUGUGCAUGUUGCUUACAGGUAGGCUGUGACGCAGCGCUGGUUCCGCAGCAGGCAGCAGUGACGUAGCCUGAUGGAGGGAAUCAAAUCUGCCCGGUGGUCACUUUUGGUCUCAUUCCUAGGAGAUUAAGAUCACCUGAUCAAUCACACAUUGUGGGGGUCGGGGGGGAGUGAGGGGCACGUACACGUCGCUCUGGUUGUGGUCGUACAGAGCCUCCAUCUCCUGCAGCACCUGGCGGACGCCAUCCUCCUGCACAAAAUCAUUUUCCACCUUUGACAUCAAAUACGUCCAUGGCAGCCCAACAAUAACCAAUCAUGUGGCGCACGAGUCCAACUGCUUUACACUCUAAUGCAGACCUAUUGUUCAUUAUUUCAUAUAAUUUUCACUUUAGUUGUUCACCAUCAAACAAAAUUAUAGGUAAAAAAAAAAUCAUAAUUUUAAACAAAUAUUUUCACAUUGUCACUAUGGGAUGUAGUGUGUAGAAUUUUGGAGAAAAAACUGUAUUGAAUCAAUUUUG